AUGAGAAGUUUAAAGGCUAAAAAGUGUUAUGCCGAUGCCAGAUGUAUUUCGAACUGGAUUCUCACUUUUCAAACUGAUGCCAAGUCCGGAAGUGCGAUAAACACCACAAAGAACGUGCACGCGGAGGCGGCAGCGCAGUUCACCUGGUCCGGGAGGAAACGCUUUCUCAAAAAGCGCAAGCGGCGGUCCCCGGUCCCAGCUGUCAAUGCGGUGCCAACCCUGGGAUCUGGGGCUCUCACCUCCCCCCGCCUGCCUCCGUCUCUUACACACGCUCAGAUGGCCUGUGACUCUCUGGCGACCUACCGAGGCUCUGCUCUCACUCAGCUCCCACCGCCUCAGGUGGCAGUAACCAGGUCUAGGUUUGCCACCAGGGAAGCGAGACUCAAGGCCGCCGUCGCGGAGCAGCAAAGCGACAGCCGCCAGCGCCGCCCGCAGAGGGCCGCGGGGAGGACGGCAAGAGCAGCGGAGACAAAGCGGAGAGGCGAGGCAGCCACAGGCCACAGCGGCGAACGCGCACGGCGCGGGAGAACGCCGGCCGCCAGCAAGGCGGGGAAAGCUCGAGACCGCAGGCACCGACGAACGAGCAACAAGGCAGUCCAAGCUUAUUUUGUAGUCUCGUCAUCACACUUCAUGUUACAGGUGAGAUUUCUAACAUUAUUUGUCAUUGUACUAGAGAUGUUUAUAUCUUAA